UAUAACGCUCAUUGAAUGGCUAAUGUUGCUGACAUUACAAGCAAGGGCUGUUCUGGGCAUCUGCCACAUGGAGUUCGACAGCCUGGCGAGCAAGUCUGGCAACUUCUCGUCGCCUCAGUACCCAGAGCCGUACCCGGCCAGCAUCCACUGCUACUACCUCUUCAAGGGCCAGGAGUCCGAAACGCUCAAGAUCACCUUUCUACAUUUCGACCUCGAACCACCGUUUUCCAAGGGAUGUCUCAACGACUUCGUGGACAUCAGCACCAUAAGCGUGACCAACGUGCGGCAGCUGGUCGGACGGUACUGCGGUGUCGAGGUUCCCGUGCCGCUUCUCACCAUGAAGCCGCGCAUGGAGAUCAUCUUCAAGACAAAUCACGCCCACGAGCGCACUGGAUUCUUCGGAAUGUUCCAGUUCACGGACGAGAGUUUCAUUCACCCGCCGCAAUCCACGCGAAACGUGACCGGUUGUGGCGGCACACUUACUGGCGUGGGCGGUGACCUGGUGUCUCCGGGUUACCCGGAGACCUUCCCCAAGGACGUCGACUGCACCUGGCUCAUACGCGUCGACUAUGACAAGCACAUUUAUAUCCGCGUCCUAGAGCUCCAGCUAAAGGGCAGCAUUGCGAACUGUGGCGAAGCGGAGCUUGCCAUUUUCGACGGCUACUCGAAUCUGAAGGUGAAUCCUGUACAGCUCAAACGUUAUUGCGGCGAUCUGAAAUACUACAAGAAUACUGACGAGAAAACUGAGCUGUCCAAGAGGAACCGAAUUCUUGUCAGAUUACGAACCACCGUGGCAUCCCCUAUCAAGCAGCCAGGCCAGAUAAUUGGAUUUAAGCUUGUGUGGACGGCUGUAACGUUUCAACCAAGAGACGUCUGCAAGGAGUACACGUGCCCCAAGAGCCAGUACUGCAUGAACUCGGAAUCUCGCAGUUGCACUGAGACGAGGGAGUAUUGCAUCGACAGGUCGCUGGUGUGCGAUGGUCUGCCGAACUGUAGUGGCGAAGACUUCAGCGAUGAAGAUAAGUGCAACCUGCCGUUGCUGGCGGGCUGCGGAGCCGGUGCUGGCGUGGUCCUGCUGUGCGGGGUUAUCGCGGUGAUUCUGUGCCGACGCCAUUCUCGGCGAGCCGGCCAGGCAUCGCGAAGCCUGUCACUGCCGCUUCGCGAGCUCGAGCACAGCCCUACGUGCGCCGUGCGACAGACGCCCUUCCUGCCCGAGCUCAACUGCAGCGUUCACCGGCCGCAGCACCUGCCGGGACCCGUACCGCCGGCGAGGCCGCCACCGUUUGCCAAGCCCCGGCGAUCGCCAACCGACGUGUAGACAGUUCGAUCGUCGACCAACGCUACUACGGCACUGCGUAUUGAGAAUCCCCCCCACUAGCAAGGUUUUUCUGUAUUUCUUUACGACGUGGUUCGCGAAGAAGUUUCGCGCCGAAGUCGUGAACUAUAGUGUUAAUUUACGGCGUCGAGAAGCGCGCACGUACUACGUCUUCUGACAACGCGGAUCAGCCCAGCACGUCGUCACUGCGUGCUCCGAAGGUCGCUUCCGAUAUCGCCGGCCAAACCCCGCACGUGACCACCGCCGGAACUCCCCUAUCGGUGGCUCAGAUUAUGGCGUGCCACCUUGGCGUGACAUGGAGCUCCCGGAGGCGAAGAACGUUUCGUGUCGACUGGCGGGAUGGGUACUCCUACGUCCAGCGUGCCGACAGCGACGUUUUUGUGGGAAUCCUGCAACGACAAUAUUACCGCGAAGCGACGAUUGCCGGCUGUGAAAGCUGUGAAAACUUCUGACAGUCGCAUAGUUUGAGCGCAUAUAGUACAGUAGGAUUGCACAAGAUUCUUGAAGCAUACUAUGUGUUGGUUUCGCGCUUUUGAGGUGGGCGAAGGACUGUGUCUACAGUGCUCACUAGCAUAUUGGCACAUAAGGGGCUUGCAUGACUGUGAAGCAAACUAAUUGGAGAUGUUAAUGUGGUUUAUCUUGCGUGUUCAUUUGAACUGAAGAAAAUUCGCUGCACUCCUCGCACUUAGAUAACGAGGAGGUUGU